AUGAUUAUUCCAUCCGGAAUUUUAAUAUUUCUUUUUAUUCAGGUCCAACAAAGAGACAUUUUAGGAGACAAUAAACCGAAGCUGAAUAUCUUGAUCUUGGGAGACGAUUCCGUUGGAAAAACUUCUCUGGUAUAUCGACAUAUCAACAAGGAAUAUUCUGGUGAAUGCCAAACAACGUUUGGAGCGGAUCUUUUUACAAAGGAAUUCAUUCUUGAUGACACUUUGGUUUCCCUGCAGAUUUGGGACACAACGGGACAUGAUGAAUUUAAAUGUAUGGGCAUGUCAUUCUAUGAAGCAGCCCAUGGCUGCAUUUUAGUCUUUGAUGUUACUAGUCGAAAAUCAUUCGAAAAUCUUAAAUUGUGGUGGGAUGGAUUUUUUAUGACAAAUAAAAAAAACCCUAAUGAAUUCCCGGUUGCUGUUGUGGGUAACAAAAUUGACUUGGAAAAUGAACGAAAAGUGUCAAAGCAAGAGGCUCAAGAUUGGUGUAAUUCCUUAUCAAUUCCCUACUUUGAGUGCUCCUCGAAGGAUGACAUAAAUGUGCAACAGGUGUUUGAAGCGUUGACAGCCAAACUUGUAGACACCCAUAAGUUAUAAUUUGAAAUGUAUUCCGAAAUCCUUCGCAUUU